UUUUUUGGACAUCACUAUCGGCUACGUGUCCGUCAUUUUUGUAUUCGUGGUACUCACUUAAAUUAGUUAAUAUAUUUAUAAUUUCCUUCCAAUCACACUAGGAGAAAUAUAAUCAACGUCCACCAUGGGCAUAGCCAGCAUUUUGCAAAUCGACGAAAUGAUGGGCGAUUUCAAUCGCAUGAACAAGCGUCAGUCACUCUACCAGGUACUGAGCUUCGCGAUGAUCGUGUCAUCGGCCCUGAUGAUAUGGAAAGGUCUGAUGGUUGUCACUGGCAGUGAGUCGCCAAUUGUUGUGGUCCUCAGUGGUAGCAUGGAGCCGGCAUUUCAUCGCGGCGACCUGCUCUUCCUCACUAACUACAAGGAGGAGCCAGUCCGCGUCGGCGAGAUUGUGGUAUUCAAAGUGGAGGGCAGAGACAUACCCAUAGUGCAUCGUGUGAUCAAACUGCAUGAAAAGGAAGAUGGCACAGUCAAAUUCCUGACCAAGGGUGACAAUAAUAAUGUCGAUGAUCGAGGUCUCUAUGCGCCAGGACAACUCUGGCUAACGAAAAAGGAUAUCGUUGGGCGAGCUAGAGGGUUUCUACCAUAUGUGGGCAUAAUUACUAUAUUUAUGAACGAGUAUCCCAAGGUUAAGUGGGCCAUUCUUUCCAUUCUGGCGAUUUUCGUGCUGCUUCAUCGAGAAUAGGAACCCGCCCAGUUUAAUCUUUAGGUACAAUUUAAGUAGCAUCUGAGAGAGGAGAUCUGUCAAAAGAUAUAAUUACAUACAUAGAUGUGCACAAUCUCGAGUCUGUUAUGCAUUUCCAUUUCCUUUUAAGUUAAUACAAGAAGUGAAAGUGCAUUUUUAAUACAUAUUUGGUUUUCCAAGGACACCAUCAAUAACUAGGUUCAUGCUGAAUUUCAAUACCUAAAAAUCAAAUAAAUAAAAAACAAUUUUCUAAAAUA